AUGAGUAAUGACGACGACUACUUUCGCGUGGGGAGGUCCAGAGGCCAAGCAGAGGGACACUAUGACGGAGCUGGGCUGCAGAGCUAUUCCCGCGAGCCAUCCACCGGAGUAUACGCGAAGAAUCUCAUCUAUGUGAGAUCGCGGAAUCCGUCACGGUCAGGCUCGCGCACUCCGCAUCCGCACAGCGAAUUCGAAACCAGCCGCUACUCAACAAUAUCGGCCCCGACCUCUGCACGCCGUCGCAGACCCUCGCAGGUAGUUGAUGUGCUCAGUCCAGAUAACAAUGAUGCUGUCAUUGUGACGGUUCAGCCGCCCUCUCGUUCUGCCUCGCCUCCUGGCGCCGACUUGCGUCCCAAGAAGAGCGUCCGUCGGCGAUACAGCUCCCCAGGCGACUUGCCACAGCGAAGGCAGCUUUCGGGUACACGGGAUGGAUCGCAGUCUCCAUCGUACUCGCGAGAUCAGUCGCCAUCCUCCAACCAACGACGCUCACGGUCGUCUUCUCCCUGCCCUGCCUCCCCACAGCCUGAUGUUGUGCAGUAUCAGGUCAUUCCAUCCCAGCCGCUUCCCCAGCAGCUACCGCAGCCCACCCCUGUCGCCCCAUCACAAGCCCAGUCACCACAUCCGCAGCCUCAAGCGCUACAGCCGCUCCCUCAGUCACCACCAGCGUCCCAGGCGCCGGCCGCCAGCGAGCCGGCGACGGGACCCAUUCAUUCCGCCCCCACGUACAACCCCUUGGCGACCGGCCAUGGAGCGGUGCUGUAUCGACCGCUCCAGCCUGGAGAGUAUCGCCUUCUCAAGCUCCUGCCAAAGCGAAUGGAGAUUGUCAAGUGCGAAAUCCUGCAUUUCCCACUCAACAGGGCCCCGCGCUACCGUGCGGUGUCGUAUUCGUGGGGCGAUGCCGAUGUUACCCAGAAGGUGCAGAUUGGCACGGAAAUCAUACAGAUCACCGCCAGUCUCCAAGGCGCACUCAAUGCCCUGCGUGACGAAGAGAAAGAGGUCUACGUGUGGGCUGACGGAUUGUGCAUCAACCAACAGGACAGAGACGAGCGCUCGCAACAGGUCCAGCUCAUGGCCAGCAUCUACGCGAGAGCCGAGAUGGUGGCCGUCUGGCUCGGUGCCGAGGCUGACGGCAGUCCGGAUGCCGUGAAGCUCUUGCAUGAGAUUGCCGAUAACAGAGACUCUCUGAAGAGGCUCAAGCACAUCCUCGACCCGCCCGAGCGCAGGCCAGCCUGCAAAGCCCUGGUCGCGCUCUUUGAGAGAGACUACUGGGACAGGCUGUGGGUCGUCCAAGAGGUGUUCAACGCCCACAAGAUCAGGGUCUACUGCGGGGAUUUGCGCAUACCUUGGCAGAUAUUCAGAGACGUGUGCGACGUCUUCAAAAGGUAUGAGAGGGAGCUCAAGCCGUACUUUGUGGCCGGGUUCAGCGACAACGCGGCGCUCACUCCGACCCAGGAUCUCAAGUACUCGCACGUCCUGACCCAGGGUGGGCCGGGCAGCUUCCCAGAGGUCAGCAGCGUCAACCGCCACGGGCACAUGUCCCUGUUUGAGGUUCUCUAUGCGUGUAGGACCAAGCUCGCCGCCGACCCGAGAGACAAGGUUUUUGGCGUUUUGGGCCUCCUGCAUCAGGAUAUCCGCGACGAGUUCCCCCCAGACUACAAUCGCUCAGUAAAGGACGUCUACAUUAGCGUUGUAGACUACCUGAUCACCAACACUCGCCGUCUGGACGUGAUAUGCGAGGCGAUCCACUAUCCAUUGCAUGUCAGCACCAUCCGGCUGCCCAGCUGGGUGCCAGACUGGUCACAUAUUCCCCAGCGCGAGAUGCUGCGCCGGCCAACCAGCUUCCGGGCCGACGGCGGGCAAGAUGCCGAGGUCACCUACCUGAGCGAGACUGGGCAGAAGAUGGCGACCGCCGGCAAUAUUAUGGAGAUCUCGGGAAUCCGACUCUCUACCAUCUCGAGGCGCGGCAUUGCCGUCGACGUGUUGAACACGCUUGACGACUAUCUCAUGGCGUUCUUGCAUUGGCGUGCCCUGCUCCUAGGAAAUCACGACGACGACGGCGAAGACCGCGAGUAUACCAGGCGAGUUCGCGCGGCAUUCUGCAGGACGCUGUGCCUUGGCGUGCCGCCCAAGAGGUAUCGAGACUCAUGGAGCAGGGUGUGCUAUCACGUCUUUGCUCGCCUGAUUCACGAGCGCUUGCCUUUUCUGCCUCUGGACGAGGAACUGCACAUGGCUGCCAAGGACGACCUUUCGAACCGGCCUGACGAUUGCGAGCAGGUCAUCGACGAGGGAUGCCACUUCAGCAUGCAAGGCCGGUCCUUCUGUAUCACUCGGCAUGGCCUCAUGGGGCUUGGCUCCGGCUACAUGGCGGUCGGAGACGUCGUUGUAGUUGCUUUGGGCUGUUCUACGCCCAUUAUUUUGCGACCAGUUGGUAAUAGUGGAAUGUUUAGAUUUGUCGGCGAUGUCUACAUUGACGGAUACAUGCAUGGCGAGGCAGUUGACGAGGAGAAGCAGGGGGGGAAGAAAUUAAAAAAGUUCAAACUAGUUUAA